GUGAUGAUUUACAUGAAAACGAGUGCGGACGAACUUUGUAGACGGUAGUGGUGCCGAACAUAGUGCAUGGAUUUAAAGCUAAACAACAAAUAGUUAGUUGCUUACUGCUAGCAUACGAAAGGAACGCAACUGGACGUUAAUACUCGCAACAAAACAAAAUAAAUGAAGGAAAGCAAUGCAAAUAAGAAAUACGCAUAAUAAAAUUGAUGAGAAACAUAGUAUAUAACAACACGCGGCAUAAUUGAAGAAACUAUCAAAGACAAGCCAAAGCUUAAGCUUUACUAAAUAAAAUUUCUUUUGUAAGAAUAAAACCAAAGCAAAAUUCUAUUAUAAUAAAAUGGCAUUGAACGCUGAGGAUAUUGCUGAGAUCAAGAAGACCUGGGCCAUACCAGUUGCUACGCCAACUGAUUCCGGUGCGGCGAUUUUGAUCAGAUUCUUCACAAAAUAUCCGUCCAAUUUGGAGAAAUUCCCAUUCCGAGAUGUGCCAAUUGCGGAAUUGAAUAACAGCGCACGUUUCCGUGCUCACUGUGGUCGCAUUAUCAAGACUUUCGAUCAGUCAAUCAGCCAGCUGGAGGAAGAGGGUGGUCUGCAAAAGAUUCAAGAAAUCUGGCAGGGAAUUGCCAGUUCACAUGUGCAACGCCAUAACAUUGCCAAGCCAUCAUACUUUGAACUGCGCGAAGCCAUUGUGGAGGUGCUGAGCGAAGCGUGUAAUUUGAAUGAGCGUCAAGCGGAAGCCUGGAACAAAUUGCUUGACAUCGUCUAUGACAUCAUCUUCAAGAAGUACGAUGACUUGGGCGCCCAAUAAUGCUGGAAUCCCAGGCAGGCGUCAGAGUGCUGAAGUUGUACGCACACAAACACAAAAAGACACAUACACCAACGCUAACAUGAGUGCCAGCUACAAUGCAUGCAACAGCAAUACAACAACAACGUCUUGAAUAAGACGACUUUGUACAACAACGCCGUAUACAAACACACACACUAACACAAGCAUACACACACACACACUCACAAACAGCACACACAUUUAGGGAAUAUCAACAUUGACGCUUUAACCUGCUUUUGUAGCGCAAAUAUUUUAUUGUGACCGCAAGGAAAAGAAAACAAAAAAAAAACAACAAAAACAAAAA